CUCACUCGCCUGAUACGGAUUGACGCAAUUUUUGCCCUGUUGGAGGGUGAUUUCACCAGGAAACGGAUUUCAAGACAAAGAUAGAAGUGACUUCCUAUUUCGUGUAAAUGUCAACGUAUCUUGUUUCGGUAGAAGACCAAAAGAGAUGUCAGUAAGUGAGGAUAUGGAUAAUGCAGACCUGCUUGGUCUAAUUUUCCCAGAUGAAGACCCAGAAUCCGAUGAUCUGUUCCUUGCAGAGGGGAAUAACUUGCUGGAUGAUUUGCUUUCAGAGCAAGAUAUGCUGAGUGCAAUGGAUACAGAGGACUUUCUCUGCAGUCUUCUGACUGACAAAGAGGAUGGUCUGUCUGUCAACUGCCUGUCUCACUCUCCUCAAGGCAGUGAUAGUGGCAUCUCAGAGGACACCACCCCCCCAUACUGUCAGAGUCCACAUGAUGGCAGUGAGACAGACACCGUCCCCAGUCCAGGUUUCGAUCCCUUGCCGUAUCCCGAGUGUGUGAUGGAGAGCUACGAGGCCCAGGUGGUGCAGACAGACCACUGCUACACCCUCCCGCAGGACACUGAUGCGCUGCUGAGUGUCCGCUCGGAGAACCCUGAUUCAGAUGUCUUUAUAGAUUUUGAUGAUUUGGAUGUUAAUAUGACUGAGGACUUCUCCAAUGAGCUGCCCUGCUCACUUACAAUUGAAGAUUCAACAGAAAGCAGUAAACUAGACAACCAGUUCCAGUUUAAAGAGAUCAUUUUGACUGAUGAGGAGAAAAGACUUUUGGCAAAAGAAGGUGCUACAAUUCCAAGUCAUAUGCCUCUUACAAAGGCAGAGGAGCGAACCCUAAAGAGAGUGAGGAGGAAGAUCCGUAACAAGCAAUCUGCUCAGGAGAGUCGCAAAAAGAAGAAAGUUUAUGUUGAUGGCCUAGAGAACAGGGUUGCAAUCUGCACAGCUCACAACCAGGAAUUACAAAAGAAAGUUGAGAUGCUACAGAAACAAAACAUGUCACUUAUUGAACAGCUAAGAAAACUACAGGCUUUGGUGAAAAUGUCCACUAUGAAAACCACCACAACUAGCACUUGUAUUAUGGUAUUCCUGCUUUCUUUCUGUCUGAUCGUAUUUCCAUCAGUCAAUCCUUUUGGCAGCAGUGGACAGAAAGAUCUGUAUACGUCAUCAACAGGGAUGUCCCGAGCCCUGCGGUCUUAUCCAGCCAUCGGGAAAGAUGACAUUGUAUCAACCCCUGCUAAAGAAGUGCCAGAUCAGGAGGUCCUCAUAGUGACCACUGUUGAAAGUAACAAGGUGCUGCUGUCAGGCGGUCAGAACCACACACCUGACUACCAGCGGGUCGAGCACUCUGACUCGGAGUCUGGUGUCAACAGCAACUCAUCCGCUGACUUCCCCAGUCCUGCCCAGUCAGAUCUCAAAGCAGACAGAGCUCUCUCAGAGUCCCACCGAAACUCAGCAGCAGCUCCUGUAAUCUACGAUGGGCAGAGCAAAACCAAGGAGAGCUGGAUGGAGCAGAAACCCACAUCCGUUAUUAUACAGCAGCACCGCUCUGAUGAAAUGUAGGAAAGCACAUAAAAGUGCUUCAUAACCUUAUUAGAGCCAUUUUAAUCUUGUAGCAUCUCAGUCUGAACAUUUUGUCAAUUUUUACAUGGAUCUACUGUUAUGCUUUAAUAGCACUUUCUUUGUACCCAGUCAUAUACAGUAUAUGAAUGUUAUUGUCCGUUUUCAUCGGCACAAAUUAUGAUUCUCUUUCAAUGGAUAGAUGAAGUAAUUUGAUCAUCUAGAAAUCUGAAUUGCGUCCAUAAUGAGUUUUGGUACAUUCAGGAAAUGUAUUCAUGUGUAUAUUACUUCACACAUUGUAGGGCAUUAGGACAUCUAUUAGAUUAUUGUUUUCAGUUGUAGAAAGGGAGCCAUUUGCCUAGAGAUUUCACUACUGAAAAAAAAAAAAAAAAAUUAACUUUUGUUUUUUGUUUUGUUAAAGGUAUAUUUUUAUUUUUUUAUUCUCAUUGUGCAUUAUUUGUGGCUUAAAACCCCUUCCAUUAAACUGCUGUAAAUUUUGGCUUAAAGUGUAACUUUUAGAGAGGGUAAAGUGUUGCACAUAUCCACAGAAUAAUAAUAAUUUAGUGUUUAUGUGUGUGUAAAUAUACAGUAUAUAAAAUAAAUUUCAUGAUCUGCUGUGUCAGAGACACAUUUUUAUGUAAUUUUCGAUGAUGGUAUAUUAUUUUUCUCUUAUGAGGUUUAUUUUAUUGUAGUCUUUUAUAUUUACCAGUUGAUUGCUUUCAAUCUGUGAUAUCAUAAUAUGAUGCACUGAUGUAUCUGUAAACAUAGAAUGUCCAUAAGCUGUUUAUUUCUGUCUUGAUCAUGUUACUGAGCACACUGAUUGAAAAGUAUCAGUUUACUAUGAAGACCAUGAUCCAUUUUUUUUAUUUUUUGACAUACAUCACACAAUAAAAAGUGACUGUACAAAAAAUGAUAAAGAAUGAACAAUAAAUAUUAAAUAAAAUUA